UCUGGUCUCCUGCGUCUAAGAGAUCUGAAUCUUUGGUCUUCUUUGGCCCCCAGAUUUCAGUUUCCAGGGCCUGGGGGGAUGAAGUCUCCAGGUCUCUGGGCUUUGGUUGGGGAGAGUUAUCUCUGGAGCCCGGGUUCUCUCGGCUGCUUUAAGUCUCAGGGGUCUGGGUCUCUGGGUCACUGGAACUCCGAGUCUCUAUGACACGGGGCCUAGGGACUAGUGAGUUUCAGGGAUCUGAGUCUUUGGAACCCUCAGUCUCAAAAGUCGGAGGCUCUAGGGCUGAUGCGCAGAGACCUCAGCUUACACACACACUGCUCCCUCUCCCCACCCUACACGUCCACACGCACCAUUACCACCCCUGCAGGCCAUGCGCAGAUCCAUUCCGAACCCCCACCCUCAGGCUCUCUGCGCUGCGCAUGCGCUGACUCCUUUUACACCCACGACCAAACCCCGCACUCCCACCUUCAAUUCCCACCCGCAACCCCACCUCAAAGGGUAAAAAUAAUAUGCUCUAUAAUCCCUCUAAAAGCCUAUAAUAAUCCCACAAAAGCAGAUAACCCGAAUACAGCCAUUUCGCCUUUUAAGCGUCCUGCACGGCAACAGAUUACUAGUACAGCAAACAGUACACGCCCCACGGCCCUUGCCCGUGCGCAGGCGCAGAAGGAAACAAGGCAGUGCAUUUUGGGAGUGGUAGGCAGAGUGAAACAAGGGGCCGCAGGGGCUGCUGGGAGUUGAAGGCCGAGGGCCCAGUAACCACAGGUGCUUCGGGUGGAGCUGUUGCAUGGGGUUCUGGGAGCCGUAGGCAAGACAGCCCCCAAGGCCUUGUGGUAGUCGUAGUCUCUGGAGCCACUUCCGCGCCGGAGUUCCGCGUGUUCGGCAGUCGGGACCAUCCAGCACCGCGUUCUACUCAGGAGAAGCCGACCCCUCCCGCCUCGCCAGGAGCCCGCGAUGCCCGCCCCGCAGUGCGCCUCCUGCCGCAAGGCGCGAGCCGCCCUCCGCCGGCCGCGCUCGGGCCAGGCGCUGUGCGGCACCUGCUUCUGCGCCGCCUUCGAGGCCGAGGUGCUGCACACGGUGGUGGCGGGCCGCCUGCUGCCGCCCGGCGCCGUGGUGGCCGUGGGCGCCUCGGGCGGCAAGGACUCCACUGUGCUGGCGCACGUGCUGCGCGAGCUGGCCCCGCGCCUCGCCAUCUCGCUGCACCUCGUGGCCGUGGACGAGGGCAUCGGCGGCUACCGGGACGCGGCGCUGGCGGCCGUGCGGCGGCAGGCAGCGCGCUGGGAGCUCCCGCUCACCGUCGUGGCCUACGCAGAGCUCUUCGGGGGCUGGACGAUGGACGCCGUGGCCCGCAGCACGGCCGGCUCCGGCCGCAGCCGCUCCUGUUGCACCUUCUGCGGGGUGCUGCGCCGCCGGGCGCUAGAGGAAGGGGCGCGCCGCGUGGGAGCCACGCACGUCGUGACGGGACACAACGCCGACGACAUGGCGGAGACGGUGCUCAUGAACUUCCUGCGGGGCGACGCGGGCCGGCUGGCGCGGGGCGGGGGCCUGGGCUCUCCGGGCGAGGGGGGCGCCCUGCCGCGCUGCCGCCCGCUGCAGCUGGCCUCGCAGAAGGAGGUGGUGCUGUACGCGCACUUCCGCCGCCUGGACUACUUCUCCGAGGAGUGCGUGUACGCGCCCGAGGCCUUCCGCGGCCACGCGCGCGAGCUGCUCAAGCUGCUGGAGGCGGCGCGGCCGUCGGCGGUGCUGGACCUCGUGCACUCGGCCGAGCGCCUGGCGCUGGCCCCGGCCGCGCGGCCCCCGCCGCCCGGCGCCUGCUCCCGCUGCGGGGCGCUGGCCAGCCGCGCGCUCUGCCAGGCCUGCGCCCUCCUGGACGGCCUGAACCGCGGCCGGCCCCGCCUGGCCAUCGGCAAGGGCCGCCGGGGGCUGGACGAGGAGGGGCCGCCGGGUCGCCGCGGGCCGCAGCCGUCCGGACCCCCGGCUUCGGAGCCCAUCCCCGGCUUCUAGAGACUCCGGUUCUCCGCUGGGAUCCGACGACGUGGGAGUGCGGGGCCGCCUGUAAAUGACACUGUGAAGGAACCCGAGUUACCUUAGGCCGGGCUUCCGUGUGAGGUUGGGAAGGGGUCGGAACCCCUUACCUGUGAUCCUGCAGAAGCUGGGGCUCUGGGCUCCUGGGGCUGCGGAGGUCUCCUGGGUGUCUGGGGGACUCCUGGGCCCCAGAGAGGAGAGAACUAAACAACUUUCCAUUCCUGAGCGAGUGGGAAUUAGGGGGCUCCUUGCCUGUACCUCUGUGGGGUUCUGGGUGUACUCAGAUAGUCCUAACCCUU